AGCUCUCUCUCCCCCUCCCUCGCUCCCCCUAUGCCUCCUCUUCUCCUAAGCCAGAACCCUAGCUGCAUCAAAUGUCUGCAAAGCAGUGAGCAUGGCUGCAACAGCAGCAUCAGCGAACAUGAUUACUCCAGUUUUCCAACACCUGAGACCAACAGAAAACCAGCACGCGACUACCAUCUUCUGAAAUACCCGAUGGAGCACAGAGGAAUAAAACUUAUCAGGAGUGGAGCAGGACCCAGGGGAAAGGCAGGCAUGACAGGAUGAGGAUGUGGGGCUUAAGAGCCAAGACCAUGCCUAUGUCCUGUGUCUCCAUGAUCUGCCUCCUCCUGCUGCUGCUGUGUGGAUUGCAGGGAGGCUGGGUGCAGUCCAUUUGCCCCUCCGUGUGCUUUUGCACCCAAGGACACCGUGUUGUGGACUGUUCCUCACGAGGUCUGACCAAGCUACCGCCUGGUCUGCAGCACAACAUCCACUUUCUCAAUCUCUCUUUUAACAGCUUGCAGGAUCUGGACAGUCAGCUCAGUCAAUAUGCACACCUGCGAACCCUUGACCUGUCCUACAACCGUCUGGAGAGCCUGCCACCUGCCCUGCCCCGGUCAUUGUGGGACAUUCGAGUAGUGGGAAACCAUUUACGGUCACUAGAAAAAAAUGACACUGCGUACCACUGGAACCUGAAAGUACUGGACCUGUCAGACAACGAGCUAGAGAAAGUGGUCUUCAUCAACAACACGCUGCCUAGUCUCCAGGCUGUGAAUCUCAGUCAUAACAGGUUUUGGACUGUACCCACAAAUAUGCCACACAACCUGGAGAGCAUUGAUUUGUCUCAUAACUUUCUAGUGCAGAUCCUGCCUGGAUCCCUGGAUCGACUGCCCCGGUUGGUCAACUUCUACUUGCAUGCUAAUCGCUUCUCCUGGUUGUCUGAGGGUGUCUUUGAUAAGCUGACAAGGCUGGAGGUGAUGACACUAGGGGGUAACCCUUGGGCUUGUGAAGAAGAAGAAAACAUAACAAGGCUGCUGACAUGGACUGAGCACACCCACGCUACUGUCUUAGGUUGCCCCUGUUAUACAAGACCUGUCUGUGGACAAAGCCGUGUGGCAGUGCCUGGGAGUGAGAGGCACUCACCACACUGGGUUAACAGCAAUGAAGGCAAAUUACCUGCAAGAACUCCAGAUGUUACGUCUAACUACCAGCUCAGAUCUUCACAUUCCCAAACUGGAAUGUAUCCAGACAAAACAGGAUUGAAUGAGCCUGGGGAACAUGAGGCGUUUGUCUGGACAUCCACACGCUUUACAGGUUUCUCCAAACAAACAAGCACAACAGGAGACCCGCUGUCUGCAACUACACAGUUCAAAGUGGCAAAGACCCGAAACAAAAGUCCAACAUUACAGAGUCCAAAAACUGUGACCCUGGCUAUUCUAGUACUGACAUUGAGAUUAAAGGACUGAAUCCUAGGAGAAGAGGAGAGCGGCCUGUCAGAUAUUCCACAAACUGAAUGAACAAAAAAAUCUACUGUACAAAAAACUGUCUCAAUAUAUGGUUCUACAUUAUUGUAAUACUGUAAUCUAUGUUCAUUACACUGAUGCUUGGUUGAAAUCAAAGAAUUUUAUAAUAUCACAUUCCAGCAACACUUUGAACAAACUACAGUCAAAUAAUUAUGAAAACUUCUUUUUAGCCAAGGUGAAAAACAAAACAAAAAAAGGAAAAAUACUGUUUUUUCUGCUGUUUACAGAGAGUCCCACACGUAGUAAAACAGAAUGGCUGCUUUCUGUCCUUGCUGAAAGGUGAGCAGGUGAUGCCACCAGUCAGUGCACACCACCCAGAUAAUGAGCAGCAUCUUGUGCAGCCACAGUCAUAGCAACUCCUUUUUAAUUUCUGUUUAAUAUCACUGCACAUAGUUAGUGACUGUUGAGCUGUUUUGACCUCAGCCGAGGUCGUUCCCAGGUAUAAACACAAUACAGUAGUUCAACUUUUCACUUCAAACAUACGGCAGCAUAUAAUAAACAGACAGAAUUAGCACGUACCAAACUCUUUGAGUUGGACUACAGUAGUGGUGCUACUGCCUGUGCAUAAGGUACCAGACGCAUGUAAAGAUAAACGGAACCAAUGUGUUUAUGUGUUUACAGGGUGUUGCAUGAAGGCAGAAUUACACAAACCAUGGAGUAACUACAUGCUGUCACUAUUACAAACAUUGCACCAUUAGUUUAUCAGUAACAACCACAUUACAAACUAAAUCCUAGUCAUGGUCUGCUCCUCUUAUCAUCAUCAUCAUCAUCAUCAUCAUCAUCAUCAUGACAUGACAACUAACCUAAUACCUGGUGAAGAACAUGGGAUACAAUUGAACGUAUAGAACAUUUGGCACCUUUGGCCAUAUUAGCCUGUCAAAGCUUUGUGUGUUUCAUUCCUUUUUGCUCCUUUCUCUAAAGUCUAAAAACAAAAAUCUAUGGCUGUAAAAAUUAAUAAAAUAAAAUAAAUAAAUAAAAAGCAAAUAAUUUAUUGUUACAUUUGUAAACAAGGGAGGUAGGAAAAAAAAAAUCACAAACCUUUUCCAAUUCAUUUGCAUUCAUUGUUAUUCAAUCCUCAUUGUCAUUUCAAAUUAGCAUGAGCUUAUCGAACAAAGUCAAUAGGUCUAAAUUUAGAGACAGUGCGAGUAGAUUCAACACAGAGGAGGUGUCAGAAAACCCCUCAAAAACAAGGUUCAAAAUGAAACAAAACGGUGGUUAUGCUACACGCAUGAUGCAAGGUGGGAAGUUAUCCAAAGCUGCAAGAAUAAUGAGGAGGCAAGAAGGGAAAAAUCCUUAAGUCACUGGUCCUAAUGGGGUGUGACAGAGUUGUCCUCAUGUUUGCACAGUGGAAGGGCCUACCUGCG